AUGGUUAAGUACUAUGAGUCUAAUACGGUGUUUCAAUUCAACUGGAGUCAAGUUGCACAGGGGUUUUGGAAACGUUAUCCUAAUCCUCAUAGCUCCCAUGUAUUAUCUGAAGAUACAAUAACUCGAGAAGUAAAAGACGGUAAAUUGUAUUCAAAACGACUGCUGACAAAGACAAACCGCGUUCCAAAAUGGGGUGAAAAAUUCAUCAGUAAAAAUGUUGUCAAAAUAAUCGAAGAGACUGUCGUUGAUCCCAAGGAAAAAACACUUACUUCUUACACUCGCAAUCUUGGAUACACUAAAGUUAUGAGUGUCAUUGAAAAAGUAACUUACAAAGUGUCUGAAGACAACCCAGAGUGGACGGUAGCUCACAGGUUAGCCUGGAUCGACAGCUCAGUUUUUGGAUUUGGUCACGCGAUCAAGGCCUUUGGAUUAGAUAGGUUCAAGAAAAAUUGCGGAAAAAUGACCGGCGGGUUCAAUUACGUUCUGGCGCACAUGUUUCCGGCCACUGCCACGCUGAUCAACCCGAACUUCGCGCAGCUUACUUUAGAUAUGAACAAUUUUGACGAGCCAAUGACGAAAUUGAGCCACGCGGCUGAAGACUUACAGCACUCGUUCCACGACAAGGCUGAAAAAAUGAAGGACGCGGCGAAAAAGGCGACAGAUUUAGCCAAAAAAAAGGCCUACGCUGCUUGCCAGCCUAAUCAGUCAUAA